AUGCCGUCCAUGCUUGAGAAGUACACUGUUGAGCUCAGAGAGCGCGACCCGGCCACUGUGGACACACUCUUCUUGGACAACUCGGAUGACGGACAAAUCGGAGGAAUCAACGAUCAACUUACAAAUUUGGCUAUGCUCAGCAUGGUCAAGUGUGGUCUAACCACUCUCUCUGGCUUCCCACACCUGCCAGCACUUACCUAUUUGGAUCUCAGCGACAAUCAACUCGGUGACGCCGCCGGCUUCGACGUUCUCGUCAAGAAUGCUCCGGAACUCGAGAGACUCACUCUCAACAACAACAAGCUCUCGCUCGACAAUCUCCGUCAGCUCAAGAUGCUUCCAAAGCUCUCGGAGCUCGAGCUCACCAGCAAUCCAGCUCUCGGACUUCUUGCCGAGUACCGCGACAAGGUGUUCGAUAUGAUUCCAUCGCUCAAGAUUCUCGACGGAUGCGAUGUCGAGGGAGUCGAAGUCGAGGAGGAUUUCGCAGGCGAGGGAGACGGUGCCGAGGGCGAGGAGAGCGGAGAGGACAGCGAAGGCGAGGACGGACCAGGACUCAGCUAUCUCAACAAGAGUCAGUUCUCGGACGAUGAGACUGACGACUACGUGCCAGAGGAGAACGCCGAGGCUCGCGGAACCAAGAGGUCAGCUUCGGAGGAGGCCGGAGACGAUGAGCCAGAGGCCAAGAAGGCUGCCGAGGAGUAA